UUUCUAGAAAAUUUCUCCAAAUGUCUUGGAGGAGAGUGCUGUAUCUGAUGAUAUUGUAUCUCCGGAUGAAGAAGGGAUAUGCACAGGAAAAUAUUUUACAGAAAAUGGCCUAAUAGGGCUUUUAGAACAAGCUGCAAAUUCUUUCAGUCAGGGAGGAAUGUAUGAAAAUGUAAAUGAAGUGUACAAAAUACUUAUACCAAUUGCUGAAGCUCACCGAGAUUAUAAAAGCCUUGCUUUGAUUCAUAACAAAUUACAUGAUUCAUUUGUGAAAAUUGACCAACAAGUUGGCAAGCGAGUUUUUGGAACAUAUUUCCGUGUGGGUUUCUAUGGUGCUAAAUUUGGAGAUUUAGAUGGAGAAGAAUUUGUCUACAAGGAACCAUACUUAACAAAACUGCCAGAAAUUUCUCAUAGAUUGGAAAAUUUUUAUAUGGAAAGAUUUGGGCCUGAAUAUGUAGAAGUCAUAAAAGAUUCUAACAGUGUAGAUCCACUCAAGCUUAAUCCAGACAAGGCUUAUAUUCAAAUAACAUAUGUUGAACCAUUUUUUGAAAUGUUUCAAUUACGGGAGCGAAUUACUCAUUUUGAUAGAAAUUACAACAUAAGAUGCUUUAUCUAUGCAACACCAUUCACACCUGAUGGACGGGCUCAUGGUGAAUUACAUGAACAGUAUAAACGUAAAACUAUUCUUACUACAGCAUAUACUUUUCCUUAUGUUAAAACAAGAAUACAGGUUGUAGAAAGACAUCAGAUUGUGCUAACACCAAUUGAAGUUGCAAUUGAAGACAUAAUGAAAAAGACCCAAGAGUUGGCAAAUGCAACAACUCAAGAACCAGCAGAUCCCAAAAUUUUGCAAAUGGUAUUGCAAGGUUGUAUAGGAACUACUGUUAAUCAGGGUCCUAUGGAAGUUGCACACGUGUUCCUUCUUGAUUUGAUUGAUGGGAAAAAAUCUCCUACUCCACUUCAGCAUAAACUAAGAUUAUGCUUCAAGGAUUUUUUGCUUAAAUCUUAUGAAGCCUUGCGCAAGAACAGAACACUUAUAGGACCAGAGCAGAAAGAUUAUCAAAAGGAAUUGGAAAGAAAUUACCAUAAAUUUAUAGAACGUCUUAUGCCAAUGAUAAAACUAUCCACUGCUACAGCUUCAAAGCUUGGAAGGGAGCGACAUGGAAGUGGUGACAGAAUACCAAAGAAGAAGCAGUAACAUGCAAGCUGUUUUUUAAAGACAUGAAAAAAAAUGCAAAGCAAUGUUUUUGUAUAUUUUUUUGGGGGGAGGAGGCUAGUGGUUUUCUUAUAUGCUCUCUUUGUAUUUUUAUUUUAUUGCUCUGAUAUGUGAUAAGAUUCCAGGCCACCUAAAUGUUUACAUAUAAAACAUUUCCAAUAAUUUUUAAUCUACUCUUGUCAAAUAUAUAUUUAGUUUGGGAUCAUUUUCUAGAUUGUAAAUAUGUUUUAAAAGUUUUAACUUUAUGAAGUGUUAGAUUUUCUCUUGCUCAAUUUACGUGAAUUUUAUAUUUAGAAUAUGCCUAUUUUAUAACUUUUUUUAUAAUAAAUGUGUACUUACUUGCUGCUUUUAGAAUUUUAUUUUUGCUAAAUAUUGAUGUUAAAUUUUAUGAAUGUGCUGUCUUUUGUAAUUGUCUUUUUUCUGCAUGACUGUUUUUAAUAUAUUCUGCAUCAAUCUUUUUAAUAUAUUAGUGAAAUAAAAUACCUGCGAAAGUC